GUACCUGUGCCUCAAGCUGAGCCUCAUCACCUACUCCACCACCUUCUGGCUCCUGUGUGUGCAGAAGCCCCAGAGAGAAAUCCCCUGGUGCUUGCUGGAGGAUGCUCACUCGGUGAUCGGAGCCCUCGUCCUUGCCAUUGGGAUUUAUGCAGAAAUUGAAAGACAGAAGUACAAAACUCUAGAAAGUGCCUUUCUAGCCCCAGCAAUUAUUUUAAUACUUCUGGGCAUUGUAAUGUUCCUGGUGUCCUUUGUGGGUGUACUGGCUUCCCUGAGAGACAAUUUAUGCCUUCUGCAAGCAUUCAUGUACAUCCUUGGAAUCUGCCUGCUGAUUGAGCUGACAGGUGGAGUGGUGGCCCUGAUCUUCAGGAACCAGACAAUCAAAUUUUUGAAUGAUAACAUUAGAAGAGGAAUUGAGAAUUACUAUGAUGAUUUAGACUUCAAGAACAUCAUGGAUUCUGUUCAAAAGCAGUUCAAGUGCUGUGGUGGGGAGGAUUAUAGAGAUUGGUCUCAGAACGUGUACCACAACUGUGAGGCUCCAGGGCCACUGGCUUGUGGGGUGCCCUACACUUGCUGCAUCAGAAACAAGACAGACAUUAUCAACACUAUGUGUGGAUACAAAACCAUUGACCAAGAGCGCUUGAGCGUUCAGCACAUCAUCCACGUCCGCGGCUGCACCAACGCCGUGCUCAUCUGGUUCCUGGACAACUACACCAUCAUGGCUGGGGUGCUGCUGGGCAUCCUGCUGCCCCAGGUGAGGGGGAGCAUCUGGGCUCUGGGGAUGUGGAAUCCC